AUGGAUCCCAAUUCGUUCUACAGGCUUGCUGUGCGUGUGGGUGCUUAUGUGAAAUUUACUAAUGAUGGUGGUCAUGAGUACUGUCAAGCAUGUAACAUUCCUAGGAUUUUAGACCGAGAUAUGACAAAUUGGAAUGACUUGCUAAUUGACAUUGGUACAGAAAUUAAUCUAAGCUCUAAACACAAGUUGCAUGUCACCUAUUGGGAUAAUAUGAGUCGCACUUAUGAAGAGAUCACUUCUGACCAAAAAUUGCUUCAUGCAAUUGAUAUGUAUUGGGAGAUAAGAAGGCUCUCAGUACAAGUGCCUUUUCUUGGUGUGGACUCCACCCAUUUGACUGGGAAAUGGAAGGGUCAACUUGCAUCUGCGACUGCUAUUGAUGGAAACAAUUGGAUGUUUCCAGUGUGUUAUGGUGUGUUUGGAUCAGAGACAACUGAAAAUUGGGCUUGGUUUUUUAGUAGACUUCAUCAAGCUAUUGGAUCACCUCCAGGCCUAGUGAUAUCAACUGAUGCAGGCAAAGGAAUUGAUUCUGUUGUUACUAAAGUCUUCAAAAGUGGGGUUGAGCAUAGAGAGUGCAUGAGGCACUUAGUUGCAAACUUCCAAAAGCGAUUUCGAGGCGAGGUCUUUGAGAAGCACUUGUGGCCAGCAUGUAGAGCUUUUCAAAGACAUAGGUUUGAAGAGCACUACAAUCUGAUGUAUGAAGCAUGCCCUGAAGCUAUGAAGUGGAUACAUGACAACCAUAAGCAUCUCUGGACAAGGCACUUGUUCUCUGAAGCAAGCAAAUGUGACUAUGUGACAAAUAACAUUGCUGAAACAUUCAAUAGCUGGGUUAGGCAUGAAAAAUCCCUCAAUGUAAUUGAUCUUAUGGAUAGGCCAAAAAGAAAGAGAGGCAAGAAAAAUGCCACAAUAGUGCCAUCUAGUAUUUCUGAGCCACCACAGGAACAACCAUCACAUGCUGACCCAUUUGCUACACCAACUAGAGCCAUCACUUUUGUUCCUACAACAAGCCCUGUGACAAGGAGUAUGUCAAGGAGGUUGUUGGAAUAUGAAGCAUCUACACCGACUAGAGCCAUUGCCUCUAUUUCGACACCAAGCCCUCUCACAAGAAGCCGUAAGAGGAUGCUAGAACUUGAAGGCAAUAUAGAACAUGUUCAAUGUCUUGCUCUAUCUCCAGAUCCGGCCCAUGAGAAGGGAAAGCCAAAGAAGUUGAAGGUUGUCAGAUCCAAGAAAGCUUAG